AUGUAUUCAAAACCUGCAUUGGAUUUUGUACAGGUGACGGAACUGAUUCGUGUCCGGCGAGAUGGCUCAUUUCAUUAUAUUCAUAGAAAUUCAUUCUCCGAUUGUGAAUUGCACUUCAAACACAAAUCGGAUUAUUGGCCAGAAGAAUUCUGGCACACAGUACCGUAUCAUGACUGGCCCAAAGAUGGGUCAGAUUACGCUAUCGUAAUCGGCAUACAGCAACAUCAACAACAAAUACAGUAUCACAGCAUCCAAUUGGAUAAAGUUGAUUUCAUCAAUUCCAUGGAUGAAAAAACAAUGAUUAUUAAUGUGCAAGAAUAUGAAUACCAUAUUCAAUUUUCUGGUACCGAUACAAUACGCAUUUUAUUUGAAAUUAUAUUCACAAAAAUCCCAUGUUUCUAUUGGGAUACUAUCAUCACCAAUGUAGAACAGAACAUUUUCUGUUUAUUGAACAGAAAUUAUUCUAAACCAAAACCGUAUAUUGAAGAUUUAGAAAAUGAUGAUGAUGAUGAUAAUCAAACUUUUGCAUUCAUCCCUCCACCCUAUCCCAUAAUUGGAGGGCAAUCUACUUCUAAAUCCUGUAUCAAUUAUGCACAAACCAUUCCACAAUCACCACCACCGCCACCAACAUCUGAAAUCGAUCAACAACAAGACGAUGAUCCCUUCUGGGAUGAAGAUGAGCUUGAUGAAAUCGUUUUUGGCGACGAUUAA